UGAGCCAGGUAGGGAAAGCAGCCAAAAGCCGGGGACAGGCACACAGGUCCAGGUCUGUAGGCCACAGCAGCUGCAGAUCAGAGAGGCAGCAACGUCCAGACCUCCAGGAGCGACCAGGGCCAGGAUGUCUCGCCUGUUCUUGUUCCACCUACUAGGAGUCUGUUUACUCCUGAAUCAAAUUUUCAGAGCAGUGGUGGCCAACGGGAAGGACGACGUUAUUAAAGUAUGCGGCCGAGAGUUGGUUCGCGCGCAGAUCGACGCUUGCGGCAUGAGUACCGUGGACAAAAGGGUUCUGAGCCGCCAAGAUGCUCCUCCGCAACCUAAACUAGUGACAGAAAUUGUGCCAUCCUUCAACAGCAAAGAUACAGAAACCAUAAAUAUGAUGUCGGAAUUAAUUGCUAAGCCACAGGAGCUGAAGGCAGCCCCAUCUGGGAGGCAGUCAUUGUUACCAGAGCUACAACAACAUGUACCCAUAUUAAAGGAUUCAGAUCUUAGCUCUGAAGAAUUUAAGAAAAUUAUUCACAAUAGACAAAGUGAAGCCCCACACAGCAGUCCUUCAGAGCUAAAAUACUUAGGCUUGCAUGCUCAUUCUCGAAGAAAGAGACAAUUCUCCCUGGCACUGUAUGACCAAUGUUGCCUAAUUGGUUGUACCAAAAGAGCUCUUGCUGAAUUUUGCUGAGAUGAAGCUGAUUGUGCACAUCUCAUCUAAUAUUCACACAUAUUCUUGAUGACAUUUUCACUGAUGCUUCUGUCAGGUCCCAUUAAUUAUUUAAAUUUAAGAAAUCCUUAUUAAUGUUUAGAUUUUUCAUUUGAUGUAUAAGAAAAGACUUCAUAUGAUUGUACUUUCUAUAAAUGACACUUUUUAUGCUGAAAUGUCUUUUUGUCUUUAUUAACAGAAUGAUUAUGUUGUGUUAUUCUUUUUAAUGCUGCUAACUUAAAAUUACAAUAAAACUUUCACCAC